GGAGGGGUUCGUGCGGUCGCUCGCGCGGUCGGUGGCGAUCGGCACGGGCUGUUUGUCGAUGGGGUCGGUUAUUUACUUGGCCGUGCUGGCGGCCCUGCUCUUUGUCUGGAUCCGCACCAAAGGCGUAGAGUACAUCAUCAUCCAUCACCGCUGGGUGUUCGUCUGCCUUUUCUUGUUGCCCCUCUCCGUGGUUUUCGAUGUUUACUAUUAUCUCCGGGCUUGGCUGGUCUUCAAGCUGUGCAGUGCACCCAAACAACACGACCAGCGGGUGAGGGACAUCCAGAGGCAGGUACGCGAAUGGAAAAAUGAAGGAAGUAAAACGUACAUGUGUACUGGUCGGCCAGGUUGGCUGACUGUAUCGCUUCGGGUUGGCAAAUAUAAGAAGACACACAAAAAUAUCAUGAUCAACUUGAUGGACAUUCUGGAGGUGGACACUAAGCAACAGAUUGUCCGUGUGGAACCAUUGGUUAACAUGGGUCAGUUGACAGCACUUCUGAAUUCAAUCGGUUGGACUCUUCCAGUUGUUCCAGAGUUGGAUGAUCUCACUGUGGGUGGCCUCAUCAUGGGAACUGGUAUUGAGUCUUCAUCCCAUACUUAUGGUUUAUUCCAAAACAUCUGUGUAGCUUAUGAGUUGGUCCUAGCUGAUGGGAGCCUCAUUAGAUGUACAGAGAAAGAUAAUCCAGACUUAUUUUAUGCUGUGCCUUGGUCAUGUGGUACUCUCGGAUUUCUUGUUGCAGCAGAGAUCAAGAUCAUUCCUGCUAAGAAGUAUGUGCGCCUGCAGUAUCAGUCAGUGCACAGCCUGAAGAAGAUCUGUGAAACAUUCAGUAGAGAAUCCCAAAGCAAGGAAAAUCAUUUUGUGGAGGGACUUUUAUAUUCACUGGAUGAAGCUGUGGUCAUGACUGGAGUCUUGACUGAUGUGGCUGAACCAGAUAAGAUAAAUAGAAUUGGCUAUUAUUAUAAGCCAUGGUUUUUUAAGCAUGUGGAGAAAUACCUUCGAGAGACCCAGAAUGCAGUGGAAUAUAUCCCUCUCAGGCACUACUAUCACCGUCACACUCGCAGCAUCUUCUGGGAACUUCAGGAUAUCAUUCCAUUUGGCAAUAAUCCACUCUUCCGCUAUAUUUUCGGCUGGAUGGUCCCUCCAAAGAUUUCACUGCUAAAACUAACACAAGGAGAAACAAUCCGUAAGCUAUACGAACAGCACCAUGUGGUCCAAGACAUGUUGGUACCAAUGAAGAGUCUGGAGAAAUUGAUUCUCUUUCUCCACAGUGAGAUCAAGGUUUAUCCACUUUGGCUGUGUCCCUUCAACUUACCCAGCUUACCGGGUAUGGUUCACCCAAAGGGCAAUGAGCCUGAACUUUAUGCAGAUGUUGGGGCUUAUGGAGAACCUAGAGCCAAGCAGUUUGAAGCUGUGGCAUCGACAAGACAGCUAGAGAAAUUUUUGCGCAAUUCACACAGUUUUCAGAUGUUGUAUGCUGAUUGCUAUUUGACUCGAGAAGAAUUCUGGGAGAUGUUUGAUGGGUCUUUGUACCACAAGCUGAGGGAGCAGCUGAAUUCCAAAGAUGCAUUCCCUGAGGUUUAUGACAAGAUCUGCAAGGCUGCAAGACACUGAGAACCUCAGUGAAGGAACUUUAUGUAAUAUUCAUUAGCCAAUUUCCAUUUCCGCUUGUAGAUUUCAGUUCAUGUCUCAAAUACCUAAAAGUGGAUUCAGGACACUUUUCUAACCCAAGGAUUUUUUUAAAAAUUUAAUCUUGAGUCCUUUUGUGUCUGUACCUUUUGUUUCAUUCAAAGCAGCUGAAAUUCAGUUCUGAAGUGCUUCGGUGACAUACCACCAAAAUAGCCUGGGGAAUAGAUUUUAGCAAAUUGUUUGCGAAGACCAGGUUUCUCACAUACUUCAAUUCUUUGCCUUGUAUGACUUCAAGAGCAGUGCUUUUAAUAUCAAGUUCCCUAAAUAGAGUCGUAGAGUUGUACAGCAUGGAACCAGACCCUUUGGUCCAACUGAUCCUUCCUGACCAGAUAUGCUAAAUUAAUCUAGUCCCAUUUGCCAGCAUUUGGCCCAUAUCCCUGUAACGCUAGUCCAAAGCACUGCUGGUGAGCAAGUGUAACUCCAGGAUGUCACCCUCAAACUUUUUUUAUUUAAAAAAUGUACUUUUUUCAAAAAAGUCAUCUAUAAGUACACACACAAGUUCUAAAUCAUAUCUAUGCAGUCUUUGCAGAGACAAAGACAAAAAAAAUUGGAACUUUUUCAUUUCUCAGAGCUUCUCUAUAUUUGCAAAUUAAGGGCGAUUUUUACUUACGCAGGAAGCUAUAUAUGUUCAUUUUGAGGCACCGAGGAGGUCUGACUCAACUCAAUUGAACAGACCCUCAUUUGGCAGAAACACCCCAGGCAGAGGUCUUUUCCCCACUGCAUCUCGGUGGCAGCUGCCCCAAACUUUAGUGCGUCCCUCAGCACAUUAGUCCCAAACAUUGGAAUGUGCCAGUCUGCAACAUUCAGUUGAGGUCCUGCACUGGAAAACUAACAGGUCUCAGGUAGACAAAGAGAUCACCAAGUUGAAGGUCCUCCAAGUGCAGUCACUGUUCGUCUUGGUUUGCAUCCCAGGGAACAAUCUGUAGAGCACAGAGCUGCUUGGAACAAACCUUGACAAAAACCACUGCAUCUCUCUCUAGACUUUCUUUGCAAAUGCACGUCCCAGAAGGAGAUGAGUGACAGUCUGUAGACCAGCACAGCCACUUUGAGGGCAGCAUCUGGUGGCACAAAGGGACUUGGUGUGCAUGAAGAAUCUGAUGGGCAGUGCCCUUCUCAUUGCCAGCCAAGCUAUAUCUUGAUGCUUGUUGGACAGUUCUGGUGAUCAGGCAUUUUGACAAAUGACUUUGACAGUCUGCUUAAGGAACCACGUGACAGGAUCCACCCUUUCCUUUUCCUACAAGGUCUUGAAGAUGCUACGUGCUGACCACUUCCUGAUGGACUUGUGAUCAAUAUUGUUUUUCUUGGCAAAUUUUUUCCAUAAAAAACAUUUGAUACAGAACAGUCCAACAACUUAGAGCAUUCUGUGGCACUGAGGCCAGACCCAUCCUUCACAACAGUGGGAACAGGUAGAACCUCAGUACGUAGUAAUCCUUGCUGUUUGCGUACCAAAGGUGUAUGCAUAGCUUGAUGCAGCCACACACGAAAGUGGCCAUCGGGAUGAGGGCAGCAUUGGGUAUGUAGCCCAACCUCCAUCCAGAGACUUUUACAUAGUGUCCCUGUGGACAUGUGGAAAAUGGUUCAGGAGAUUGCUAGGGCACAGUUUUGAGGAACGGGCCAGACCUGCACUGUGUGCAGCAAUACCAACAGCACCUCACCUGAUGACCAGAUUUAUACCCCGUCUGGUUUCUCUCUGUAAAGUAUAUGAAAUAUGAAUGUUUUCCUCUUUCUAGCGUAAUGAUGGUAAGUGCAUAUCUGGAAUUCUAUUACUGAUAUCUUAGCUAUCUAAUGUAGUAAUGAAUGUAUGAACAACCUUAGAUUUUGAUUUUGUGGUCCAGCAUACGUUAUUACCAAUUUAGCUGUUAGGGGAUUAGCUAAAUUCUUUUAAUUUAACAUAUUUCUUGUAAUUAUGUCUAUUAUUUUCAUUUGUAUAAACAAAAUGCUUCUUAGAGUCCUUACAGUGUGGAAGCAGGCCAUUUGGCCCAUCAAGUCCACACCAACCCUCUGAAGAGCUUCCCACCCAGACCUAUUUCCCCCUGCCCCCUUACCCAAUUAUCCUGCAUUUCCCCAUGACUAGUCCACCCAACCUGCAGAUCUCUGGACACUAUCGGGUAUUUAGCAUGGCCAAUCCACCUAGCCUGCAAAUCUUUGGACUGUGAGGGGGAAAACCAGAGCAGCCAGAGGAAACCCACACAGAAACAGGGAGAAUGUGCAAACCCCACACAGAUAGUCACCCGAAGCUGGAGUUGAACCCAAAUCCCUGGUGCUGUCAGGUAGUAGUACUAACCACUGAGCCAUCGUGCUGCUGUUGUUGCACAGUUACGCAAAACUACAGAUAACGUGCUGAUUUGCAAACAAGCUGCUAUAUUAACACUUGCUGUUUCACUUAAAUUUUCAAAAUGAUGGAUGUGAUUGAAUCGCCUUUUUUAUCGGUAUUGAUGUAUUUAAAUUUUAAUUCUCUGCAUUAAAGGCAUAUUACCUCGUUUGCUAGAUACUGCUCAUAAAUAUAGCAUAAUAUUGUGGAUGGCCAUUGUCUUCCCAUGAGUUGUAUAAUUUUCAGAAUCUGUAUCAUUUAAUUUCAUAUACUAUCAUGUCAGAUAUUAUGGCACUUAAAGCUUGGGGAAACUCUUCAGUUCUACAUAAGCAGGUUCAUAAGUCACAUGUUGAUAAUUUAACUAGCUUGUCUGUGUUCAAGCAAACUAAGAUGUUGGCACUGAAUGAAGACCCUCCAAAAACAUACAAUUAACUCCUUUUCAGAAUGCUAAAUCUUUUAUUUUUGAGGUUGUACGUUAAUAUCAAUAACCAAUUCAGUGCUCCUUCAACAGCAGUAUAAGUGCUGACUCCAACCCAUGUGGCUUGGCACAUGCUGUCGGAAGAGCAACUAAGAUUUGAGAUCGGGGCAGUGAGCGUGGUGUUUGGCUGGUAUUCCCAGUUUUGUUCACCUGGCUCAAUGCGGGUACAAGAAUACUGCCGCUGCUGGCCCCAGAGGAGUGGGAGCCAGACGUAGAUGGCAAAGCUAUAUCCUGAUGUUUAUUGAGUGAGAUGUCAUUUUAACCAACUUGUCUGCAACGAGUGUGCACCCUGCCUAACAGCAUCCUUGCCACAGGAGGCUCGGUGUUUUAAUUUCCAAAAAUGAUGUAAAUUUGUUAUAGACCAGGAGGAGUAGUAUUUCACUUGGCCUCAGAAAGGUGCCUUGGACCCCUGUCCUGAGUUUUCCCAUAAUAGUGAACUAGAGAAAUCUUCCACUCUUCUCUUUAAUUUCUGGAGAUACGUUAUGCAAAUUUUGACAUUUUUUUUAAAGAAUUAACAAUUUUUAAAUCAAAUGAUGGAAUUGAAAAUUGAUAGUCUGUUUUUACUAUUACCAUGAUACUUGUAAGAACAAAGUUUGACUUCUGUGUUAGUAUGUGAAAAGGCAACAGAACUUGAAAGAUGUGUUCAAUUGUGUAUUUAAGCCAAAUGGGGCAGUUGCACCACUAAAGGGAGUUUGCAUCAUAAAUUGGGAGGAAUAAAAUAUGUUCUUCUGUCUGGUCAAAUUCAUUUUGAGCAAUAAUUAUAUUUUCUGCCCCCAUACUCUUGUUAUAUAUGGUUUAAUUUCUGUACCUAGCAGACAUUUCGUAUAAAGUUUAUGAGAAGAUUUGUAGCUUGGGUGGUGGAUGGGGUUGUAAACUUGCUCAUCAAGUCAGUGUGUUGGAUUGCAGAUGUUUCAUCACCCUGCUAGGUAACAUCAUCAGUGCGCUUCCAGUGAAGCGUUGGUGUUCUGUCCCGCCUGUUAUUUAUAUGCCUCGGUUUGCUGGGGUUGUUGGCAUCACUUCCGGUUCUGUUUUUCAGUGGUUUGUAUAUUGGGUCCAGUUCAAUGUGUUUGUUGACAGAACACCAACGCUUCACCAGAAGCGCACUGACAGUGUUACCCAGCAGGAUGAUGAAACAUCUGCAAUCAAACGCACCAGUUCAGCAAGCAAGUCUGCAACUUCUUCAGACAUUGUUUUUGUCAAAUACCAAAUGGAAGGUCAUCUGACAAAAUAAAGCCUAUUAAAUAUUUUCCUGUUUUAAAGUUUUGAGACAUGUUAUUGAGUGACUUGUAAACUUCUAGCUUUCUUCAGUAUUCCCUGCAAGAGGCUCCUCAUUUUGCUUUAAGAUGUUCCCUGAAUAAUAUAAUGAAGUCAUCCUUGCCUGAACACACUAAAAUAAAAUAAAAAUAUGGCUGGUGCUGGAGGUAUGAAAUAAAAACAGUGUAGGUCCACUUAGUAAGUUGAGCAACAUCUGUGGAGAGAGCAGAGUUAACAUUUUUGAGUUCAAUAUGGCUCUUCAUUCAAUCAAUUUUACGCAUUUGGUGAGAAAAAGUCCUAUCUGAUCAUUUCAGCUGCUUGAUCAACCAGUCUUUUGGUUUAUCCCAAUAUUAAAUUUGAUGCCAUUUCUUAGCCUUAAGAUUAAACAAAGAAUUUUAUUUUUCUAUUUGUGUUUAUUUGGAUCUCCUAAUAUGCGAAACUGAGGUAUUCGGCCAAAAGAAUCUGUAGGGAUGAGCCGAUUAGUUUGCAAGAAUGUACAAAGGAACAAAAUCUCAAACAAAUGAUACAGCAGUGUUUUAAUGGUAGUAACCCUUGGUUUAAUACUGACUUUAGCUGUUGUUGAAGGUUUGAAUGUGAAUUCACAUUUUCCCAUUUUGUCUCAUUGCAUUGCAAAUAUGCUUUGUCUCUGCUGUGCUUUCAAAUAAAAUGUCACGCAACAGUAA